AUGCGAGGUGUUGGGAGGAGGCCAGGUGGCACUGCCACAUGCCAAGAAAGCGAGACUCUAGGGGCCUGGCGGCGAGGCUGGGCGAAGACAACGAGCCAUCGAGCCUUGGAUAUUUCGUACUAUGUACCCGACGGGUUGCACCGUGAAGCGCUUUCCCCACGAGUUACAUCUCCACGUCCAGGAACAUGCACUGAAGAUUCAUCCGCUACACGGCACUCUGCCAUCUGUCCUUGCCGCCUUAAGCUCCAUUACAUAGCUCCUCGACAAUUUCCUCUUAAUCUCACGGCGACAAAAACCCCUGCCACACUAUUGGAAGCCAUGACAUCUGUUAACCAUUCUCGACAAUACGUCAUGUCCGACUCCUCCUCAUCUAACCGUCCUCAACAAUUGAACUCCGCCCGCACUCCGGGAGAGGGGUAUCCUUUUCCCAGGACACCUCGACCGCAGGGAAAUCUAACAGUCUCUGUAUCAAAAAAUCCAACAGAGAUCCCUCCUUCGCCAACCACGCCCCACCAAAGUUCAAUACGAUCAUCCUCGCCUAGCUCUCCAAUUAUCGAUACAGAAGUGUUCAAACAGCUUUUGGCUAUGGAGGAUGAAAAUUCUUCGUUCAGCUUCACCCACGGGUUGAUUGAUCUGUAUUACGAAGAUGGGAGUAGAACAUUGGAUCAGAUGAGGUGUGCCUUGCAGCCUUCGGAUUACUCCACAUUGGCUAGACUGGCACAUUUCUUACGCGGCUCAGCAGCCUCCGUCGGUAUUAUUCAAGUCGCCCGAAUUUGUGAAUUAAUUGAAAUGCGGAUUAUCUCCCAACAACAGUCACUCAACAAGGAAUGGUUCGAAUCCCAAAUCGCAGCCAUUGAGCAAGCCCAUGUGAUCUCACAGCAGUGGUUUCGUGACUUUUACAAUCAACAAUGA